UAAUGCAGUGUUCUCUGCCUUUGCUUUCUCAAGGCUGCAGAUAAGCAUCAGUGCAGCACUUUGAAGGCUGUGGUCUCCGUCAGUAUGACUUGCUUCUCGUCGUCUGUGAGGCUCACCUCCAGCAUUCGUAGGUACAUGGGCGUGUUACGCUUCCCACACUCAUGUCCAGCGCUGCUACAAAACCACAUCUAUCAUCACAGGUGUAACAGUACGGCAGUGAAUAAGAGCACAGCGUCCUGCAGCUAUGUUAUCGUUGGAGCUGGAUCUGCAGGUUGCGUUCUGGCCAACCGUCUGUCAGAGAAUGCGUCCGAUUCGGUGCUCCUUCUGGAAGCCGGACCCAAAGACAAGCAGCUGGGAAGCACCCGUCUGUCCUGGAAGAUCCACAUGCCCGCCGCUCUGACCUAUAACCUCUGCGACGACAAGUAUAACUGGUAUUACCAUACAUUACCUCAGGCACACAUGGAUGACAGGGUGAUGUACUGGCCGCGCGGCCGUGUUUGGGGCGGAUCGUCGUCGCUCAAUGCCAUGGUGUACAUUCGGGGCCACGCAGAGGACUACAACCGCUGGCAGAGGGAGGGAGCUGAAGGCUGGGACUACGAUCACUGUCUGCCGUACUUCCGAAAGGCCCAGACGCAUGAGCUUGGAGCCAACCGAUACCGAGGGGGCGACGGCCCGCUGCAUGUGACGCGAGGAAAGACCGAUCACCCUCUGCACCACGCGUUCAUCAAAGCGGGCCAGCAGGCUGGAUACCCCUUUACAGAUGAUAUGAAUGGAUUCCAGCAGGAAGGAGUGGGCUGGAUGGAUAUGACCAUCCACAGAGGUAAGCGAUGGAGCACAGCUAGUGCUUACCUUCGGCCUGCGCUGUCCAGACCCAACCUGAGAACAGAAGUGCGCUGCAUGGUGACCCGUAUCCUGUUUGAUGGGACGCGUGCGCGAGGGGUGGAGUACCAGCAGAAUGGACAGAUGAAAAAGGUGUUUGCUGAUAAGGAGGUCAUUCUCAGCGGUGGAGCCAUAAACUCUCCGCAGCUCCUCCUGCUGUCUGGAGUGGGAAACGCAGAUGAGCUUCGCAAACACGAUAUUCCGGUGACACAGCAUCUCCCAGGUGUGGGCAUGAAUCUUCAGGACCAUCUGGAGCUGUAUGUGCAGCAUCGCUGUACUCAACCCAUCACUCUGUACAAAGCCCAGAAGCCCUUCCAUAUGCUGAAGAUCGGCAUGGAAUGGCUUCUCAAAUUCACAGGCUACGGUGCUACGGCUCAUCUGGAGAGCGGCGGUUUCAUCCGCAGUCGUCCUGGCGUUCCUCAUCCUGAUAUUCAGUUCCACUUCCUGCCCUCUCAGGUCAUCGAUCACGGUCGCGUUAAAUCCAAGAUUGAGGCCUUCCAGGUUCAUGUUGGACCCAUGAGGAGCACCAGUGUUGGGUGGAUCAAACUGAAGAGUAAAGACCCAAAGGCCCACCCGAUCAUCCAGCCUAACUACCUUUCCACCGACACUGACGUGUGGGAGUUCAGAGAGAGCGUUAAGCUCACGCGGGAAAUCUUCGCUCAAGAGGCCUUCAACCCGUUCCGGGGCCCCGAGGUGCUGCCCGGCCCUGCCGUCCAAUCUGACGCGGAGAUCGACGCUUUCGUUCGGCAGAAGGCGGACAGCGCUUACCACCCCUCCUGUACGUGUAAGAUGGGCAGCGCCGCGGACAGCAUGGCGGUGGUGGGUCCGGAUCUGCGCGUGUACGGUGUGGAGGGGCUGAGGGUGGUGGACGCCUCCAUCAUGCCCAGCAUGCUCAGCGGGAACUUGAACGCCCCCACCAUAAUGAUCGCAGAGAAGGCGGCGGACGCCAUUAAAGGGAUUCCCUCCCUUCACGACCCUGGAGUUCCUGUUUACCGGCCCAAGAGUCUCGAGACGCAGAGAUGAGACCUGAGAAUGUUUCAGAUGGGAGCCGUGCCUCCGGGUUUAAUUCUGCCACAUGAUCUAACCACUCUUUAGUCUUAGGCAGCUUAGCGUUAUCCUGAAAGUGACCGAUAUCAAUGCAUGCUAAAUUCAGACGUACGUUAUAAAGAGGGAUAAUUGCUGACAUGUUUAUAUAUCAUGUGAUGUGUAUUCAUACGACCAUAACAACACGUAAAGGCGAAUCUCUUGUUUUUCUCCUCAAAAUCAGAAUAUGAAGCAUAAAUGGUAACAGUUUACGAUAAGGUUUCAUUAGUUAACAUGAACUAAUGAUAAACACUAACAUGUUAACUAAUUGGUCCUUAUAGUGAAGUGUUACUGCAUUAAUUAAAGCUUGUACAAUAAUUAUUUGAUAAUACAUAAUUUAUUUAAUGUUACAGUGCAUUGCAGUAAUGCAGCUCAGAACAAUACAAAAAACCUUAAUGGUUCUGAAAUGGGUUUAACUGCCUUAUUUGUAGUUUGAUUUUGAGGUGAAAUAUGACCAGACGUGAUCUUGAUUAUUUACAUAAAUGUCUUAAUGAAACUUUAGUGCAUUUCCACAUUAUCAGCAUGACAGAAUUAUGAGUGAAUGAAACCUUUCAGCUGCUGAGCCUAACAACAGGAACCAAGUGUAUGUGAAAAUAACUCUGUAAUGUUUACAAAGUGUAGAAGAGAGAACCUUUACACUUCUGUGUUCUUUAUACUGUUACGAUGGGUUUUAAAACACUAUUAAAUUAGAGUAGAAUAAGAAAAAGAAUAUAACAAACACUAAUUUUAAAUGAUGGAAAACACAUGUAAUCACUACAACAAAUUGUCUUAAAUCAAAAAGAAUAAAACGAUCUCCUGGAAGUCUCCUGAA